GCGCAACGUCAGGCAGAAGAAAGUAGAAGAAACCACACUGGUUUUCAAUCUGUUUUUCGCCACAUACAUAGGAAUUCAUUGCAAUAGCAAUCCAAACUGGACUGGCUAUUAGGUCUAGAACCUUGUUUGCGCUUUCUUUGAAUCCCUUCAAAGGUGGCAAUUUGAUAUUUAUUGAUCAUCCAAGAAGACAACUAAGACCUCUCGAAAAUCAUCAAAAUGAAGGGCAGUACCGGCGUAAAAGCAAAAGGCGUGAUGAAGAGCAUGAAGAAGGCUGACAAACUUGCUGUGGCUGAUCAACAGAAGAUGCAGCAAGUCGUCAAGGAGAAGGUCAACAUCACGUCCGUAAAAAUGGCAGUAAUUCGGGAGAACACGAUCGGGAGCAAAAUUACCCCGAACACGUUCCGCUCCCGACAGCCAUCACUGCAAAAAUAUUGCCGCGUGUUCCGGAACGGUAUUCUGGUUCCGUAUUUCAACCCGACCGCCGUACGAAAAGCGAAACAGGCACAGCGGAAACGCAGGGACAAGGCAGGAGCGGGGAAAAACGCGAAGAAAACCGAAAACGAGGAGGACGCGCCUGUGGGGAAGAAAGCUGAGGAAAAGGAUGCUGAGGCAGACGCAUUACUUUCACCCGAGGACGACGAAAACUCAGCUUCCGACUCAGACUCCGCGUCAUCCGACCAAGAAGAGGACUCGGAACGUGUUGAAACGGGCAAAAAUAGUAUGAAGAAACAGAAAGGCAAAGGCCGGGGCAAGAAAGGCAAGAAGGGGGCGAAAAAAGGCACAAAGGACAAGAACAUGAAAACAAGCGGCUCGCUGACAACGAAAAAAGGAAAACACGGCGACAACCUGGAGGGUGGAGAAGAUGAAGAAGACUUCCCGGGUAGUAGUUCCUCAGAUGAGGAGAAUGAAGACGAGGACGGCGACCUGUAUCCUGUCGAUCCCGACCUCGAUGAGCAGUUUGUGGAGAACCUGGCUUUCCCGGUGAAUCUUCGCCAGGAUUUUCUCGAGAGCAUCUGGGCGCAGCAGGCUCUCGUCAUCCGCAACAAUCCGAUUGCUGCGCACAGUCGGGUCCAUUUGUCACACUCAGCCCCGGUUUUGGAAGAUGCGAUGACUUUUGCGAAUAAGUCCAGUUCUACAACCUCGAAAGAAAAGUUAAAAUUGUGGGCCGGCGAGGUUUUCAAGUCUUCUGUACAAACGCUCGCGAAGGCGAAGCACAGCAGCCUGAGACCGGACUUGCCAAAAGCUGCGUUUCCCGACCACUUUGUCGCGAUCCCCCGGGAUCUGGAAAAUGCGACGAAAGCGGACGAAUUUCAGGUAUGGAAUGCGCGGUUCAGCAGUGGAUUCACUCUGGCGAGCUACGUGCCCCUUGAUUUCGCGAGGUUUCAGGAAGCAGAGCGACGGCUGGGUCAAGUCCCGCCGCAGCUCCUACAGGCCUUAAUGUCGGCAUACAGGGAAGACGAUGGUCUUCCUGAAGGUCACAAUUCAGGAGAAGAGAAGUCCGCUUCCAAGAUGGACGAGAAAAGCGGCGACGGAAGCGAGGAAGGCAGCACGAAAGACGACGAAAUGGGUGGCGACAAAAGUUGUAGCGAGGAAAUUAAUUCGGAUGAGGACAUGGAGGUCGAGGGCAUGUCCAGGAGGCGCCUACUAUAUGGCCCGAACUUCGACGAGACGCAAGCUGGCGUGAAGAGGCGCAUGGAAGUGAAGCGCUUCAUGGAGCGGUACCACGCGCUGGUGGAGAACUACCUGUAUAAUCUGGAUAUUGAAGCGUUGGUGCAAAAUACGCCUGAGAAUAGCCGUGGUGAGCAGGAAGUAUUUGUUUGGAUGGACCCGAAUCUGGAAAAUUCGGCGACGACACAAAAAAAGGAUUCCCUGAAGCCUUUACUCAGCAGCUAUGGCGUUCUCAAACGUUACAUUCUCAACUGUUACAUGGAUUUGUCAUGCAAAAGCACCUUAGGGCGGCAGAUGAUCUAGCUGCUUCGCAUGACAAAUUUCGGGAGGGCUAGACAGCAUCUAAAUCUGCGCCAAACUUGUAAUGCAAGAGGCGCAAUCUUCCUCCUUCCAAUUUCGCCAGUCUUGCAUUACAAAUCCAUGUAACAGUUGAGAAUGUAACACUUGAGAACUCCAUAGCAGCACCGGGGCUCUGCGCAGGUAUUUGAACGAUGUCGAGGCCGAAGUUCAGGCCGAAUGCGAUCGAUUGGAAGAGGUGGCAAAAAAGAGAGCACUGAAGAAAGAGUCCGAUCCAACUUCUUCUAUCGCUGCAAAAGCAAACAAUGCCACUACGUCAUCCGGCACGAAUAAGCGUGUCCGCAGCUACUCUGAAGAAUCGUCCUCCGAAGAACCACCGAUACACAAGACUUCUUACGAGGAAGCGGUAGCUGUGGGGUAUGUUGAACGGAGGCACCAGGCCGAAAAUGGUCCCGAAUUGUCUGCUGAACCUCAGAAGCAGAGGCUUCCACUCUUUUCGCGAAAAUUCGAAAAUCCGCGGGAGGCACUUGAUUUGUUCCGCCGAUUGCCGAAUGCUAGCGCCUUGUACUUCCGCGCUCCAGAACUGCUGGAGCAGAAGGCUUUGCCUGCCUUUAUGAAGGAGCUCGGCUUCGAUUUUGCAGGAUUUUUUGAAAACAUCGGCGAGCCUGACGAGCAGGCAGAAAUUCCGGAAAAAUGGCAGAGCGGCGAAGAGGACUCCGAGAUAGAUAUGGAAUCGGAAGAAGAUGAAGACAGUGACGAAGAGGCUGCAGAGCAAGGGAAAACCACUCUGACUUCGAGCAAGCAAAAAAAGCCAGCGGCGAAGAAGAAGCAACAAGCCAAAAAGAAGAAAAAGGAAAAAGAAGAAUCUCAAAGCGAUGCGGGUGACGGUGAGGAGCAAGACGCCAUCAAGGAACGUGUCGACGAAGACGUGAAGAUGGACGACGCCGAAGAGGAUGCGUCGAAUGCUGGUGGACGCGGUGGUCCGGCCCGUGGGCGAGCGAAAAGCAAGGCUGCUGCGAAAAAGGCGCGAGCAGAGCAACUACUAUCCGAAGAUGAAGAUUCUGGGAUGGAGUUCGAUACUGAAACGCCCACAUGGUCUCGGUCGUUGCAAAACGAACUGAAGCAAACGCGAAGCUGCGAGAUCGAAACCUUCAUUUCCAAGAAGGGGCACAUUACCGAUUGGCACCAGGAUUUUCAAGAAAAUUUCACGAUUCAGCUGCAGGGAGUGAAGCGAUGGUACAUCCGCAAGGGCCGCGUGCAGGAGCCGAUCUUAGGCAUUACCCCGCACUACGACGUCGAAAAGGGUGACGCGACCCGCGAAAACGAACUCAAGCACAAUUUGGUCCAUCAGACCGCCGGGGAUGCAUUGCUGAGUUCCAAAGGGCAUGACUACGAAGACUGGGCAGGAAAUGCUCAUCCCGCACAAUGUAGCAGGCUUGGAUGUGGCGGUGGUGAAGGUGCAACGGUCACCGUUUACAACCCACGGCGCGGAAGUUGGCGCACGCAGUCGGAAGAUUUUGAUCUGCAGCAAGACUUUUACCACCCCGAUGAUGCUUCCACCUCCGACUCUGAGAUGGAACGAGCUCUGCGGAUGUCUCGCGCUCGUGGCCCGUCUUCCGCACGAGGCAAUAAGGACAGUGCGGACCCAGCGAAUGAUCCCGCCGCCAAGAAGCAGAUCCAGAAGGAACGGUACGCGACUGAGGAUUUGUUUGGAAAAGUUCGGGGCCGGUGCGAUCCGCGGUCGGCGCAGGCACGAAAGAACAAAGAUUUGCAGCCGCCGUAUGGCGAAAGCGCGACUGACUACCGCCCGGAGGAUGAACCGCUGGAAGAGAGCUGUGACGUCAUCGAUCUGUUCCCUGGGGACAUUAUGUACUUCCCCAGUGGGAUGUGGCACAAGGUUUUCACAGUGUCGGAGGAACCUUCGAUCAGCAUCAAUUUUUCCCUGAACGGGCGCCGGUGGUGCGACGUAAUCGGCGACAGCCUGAAGCAAGUCAUGGCCCGGCAUCCGAGCCUGAGGCAGAAAGUAGUUGGCUGCUUCACCCAGGAGGACUUUCGGGCCAGAGCGGGAGAACAGCUCGUCACGGCGGCAAGAUUCUUGUACUUUUUUCUUCUACUUUUACGUGCUGCAUGUGUAUCCGCUUGGAAUUGCAGGCUGAUUUCUUUUUCUCAUAUCAGGUUUUUGCCCGAAUGCUGUGUUUAGCACAGCUAUUCUGGCUACCCCCCCAGGGAUUUUUUCUGUGGCUUAGAAGGGGAAGCGUGUUGCUUGUGCCUGCAAGGAUGAUAAUAUCUCAGCUCGUGCUGUACUGUCUGCUGCACUGCGGAUAGGGUGCCAGCCGAAAAUUAAUAUCCAAGAAUUCCAACUGACCAGGCACACAUAAGAGAGCGCAGAUGCCAUCAUGAUGAGACUCAUAGCAUAGUUCACCCGGACAGGUCCUCACAGGGCUGGCUGGCGAGACAACCAAAUCCAAUUGAUAGUCCUGACAAAACUUCAAAGUGCAAUAGUUUCGUCGCGAAGCUGCCUGAAGAGGCGCUCGGGCUCACCUCUACAUGAGUUAGAAGAUGAUGAGAUUCUUUUACAGCAUAGUUCACCCGGACGGAUCUUUGCAGUAUCCACUGGCGAAUUAACCUACAUCCAAUUGAUAGUCCUGAAGAUUCAUAUUCGUAUGAAGAUAAAGAAACAGUAUGCACUAGGUACUGGUUGGCAAUGAUUUUCUGGUGCUAAUACAACCACACAGGACCAAAUCGUAUAGAAUAUUAAUCCCAAACCAAAACCACAUUACAGGUCCAGUAGUUUAGGCAUUCGGGCGGCGCCGACACGUCCAAACCCGGAUCACGACAAAAAGAGUAGUCGUCCACCACCUCCACUGGAGCAGCCGAAGCUGCAAAUUGCGGAGGGAGCGUUGCUGCAGCGGGCGCUAUUGCCCAGUAAUGUCAUGAUGGGCACACGAUACCGCAGCAUCGACCUGGUCCAAUACUUGCUUUCUGAUGUCGCUCGCGUGGACCACAACCACGGACAUUUGGACACCAUGCCAACGCAAAAGCAAUACUUUCUGAGCGGCUUGUCGAAGCGCACCGAAUUCAGCGACGUGAAGACUGGCUGGCUCGGCGACGACAUAGGCGUGGAUCAGCUGUAUUGGCUCUCCCGGGUGCAGUGUCUGGUUCCGGCGGGCAAGACUGAGCUGUCUUUUGGAAAGGAGAGCCAUUUGGGCCAGAUUUUGCAAGAAGUGGCAGACCGCGAACAUUGCUUCCCCUGGGGAUGGGAGAUCAAGAUGAGAGAGAAGGAAUCUCAGAAACGCCACGCGAAGCGUGUAAAGUCUGGGCAGUUCACGGAGGAAGAGCUAGAAGCGGAAGCGGAACGGGAUGCGAAAACCGACUGCGAGCAGGCGAAGCAAGCAGAGGAAGAGGACGCGAUUCGCCCACUGGGUGCUAGUUACAUUCUACAUGCAAAUUAUCACGACGGGCCGUCAGCUUCGCGGUUGGAACUGCACGCCGUCUAUGACCGAAACUGGUACGAUCCGCUAGACUCGAAUGAUAAAUGCGGAAUGACCCAGUUUGAGUUUGCGUACCUCAUCGGCUUGCUAGAAUUCGUCGUGAAAGCGCAGACGGAUGCGAUCGCGCGGCCCGGCGUGGUCUUGCACCACCUCGUAUCCGCGUGGAUGCGAGAGUACGAGCGUUUCUGUGUGUACUUGAAAACGCAGCAAAAAGUAGAGAAGGAGCAGCCAGCCGCUAGCAGCAAUCAUGCGGGUACUAAGAGUAGAACUGCGGCCUCUACUUCGUCGUCUUCUGGCGGGAACUACAAGCAAGGAGCUCCAACCGCAUCGAAGUCGCUGUCUACACCCCCACUAGUGCGAGACGAAAACGUACGGACGACCCUGCGCAAAGUCCACCACUGCGGUGCGGAGAUGAUACAUCAAACGAACACCUUCAAAUCAGUCCUGUUCCAACGAACCCACGACAAGGAUGAGUUCAACAGUAUUAAAAACCAAGGCGACAAAAACGAAAGCGACGGCGAAGACGAACAACAACACGGACUGCAACGGGACGACAAAGCCAGCGAGUACUUCAAGAAAUUGGUAGAAGCUCACCAGAGGAAGGUGCAGAAGAAGUACCAGCUACCUCGGCUGCACCGGCUAGGGAUGUUGGUCUGGAUAUCCUGAGUAAAAACGUACCCACACCAUAGUUGUCAUGCAACUCUGCAUGCUUAAAUUGUUUCUCAUGCGGAGCCCCAUGAGAAGCAUUUUCUAAUGCGGUUUUGAAAUUUGUCAUGCUCCAAUCAGCACGAGAUACUAGAUCUGUAAUGCUGCUAAACUAGCUCAAACAGCACUACACUACGCGGACAAACUUGUCAUGCCAAACAACCAAAGCUGGCUGAUUUGUCUAGCAGAUUCCCCAUCCUGACUCUGGUGUGGGUACGUUUUUACUCAGGAUACUGGAACCUUCUGCUUCGGGAAGGCCUGCUGCUGCCCCCACAGCACAUAAAGUUCAACGACAGGUUCAACGACCCGAGUCGGUUGCACGGCAGCUCAGAAUUUGAAAGACUGAUGCAGUCGAUGGGUAUGUAAGAAAUCGCUCACAAGAUCAAAAACUGAUGUUUGUUUUACGCUGUCCUGUUUCGAGUCCAACAGCAACAGAGAGGUUUUUUCAAUAAGUGUG